AUGUUGAAAAUGAGAAGACAACGAAUAAAUCCGGAAAGCGACGCUAUUCGGUAUGUGAGGUCAUCUUCGGACAAACGCGGAUUGGAAAUUAAAUUUAUCAAUUCAGAGAAAGGACGUGGAGUGUUUGCAGUGGAGGCAUUGGAAAGGGGUGACUUUGUGGCAGAGUACCGCGGUCAGCUAAUAGACAGGGCUGAAAGUGAGAAGAGGAGGCGAGUGUACCAUCCUGCCGCUGCCGUCUUUCUUUUCGACUUUAAAUGGAAUGGGAAAAGUUUUUGCAUUGAUGGAGCCAAAGAUGAUGGCUCUGUGGGAAGAAUGAUAAAUGACAACCACAAAAGUCCAAACUGCAAAAUCAAGAAACUGGCAGUAGAUGGAAUGCCACACCUCUGCCUGUUUGCUUUAAGAGAUAUUCUUCCUGGUGAAGAAAUCACAUACAGCUAUGGAGAUGGACCAUGGCCUUGGAGAAAGCAGGGAAAAGAAAAAGCCACCAUUGUAUCAUCACCAUUACAGACAAAUGACAAGGGCACUGGGGAAAGGGAUGUUGCCCAAAGCCAGAUCUUGGCUCAACAGCCUACACUGGCACAAGUAAAAGGCACUCUUGCUAUUGAUGAACAGAACCCUGAUGGAAGAGAGAAGGCCCUCAGUCAUAGCUUAGCUGAAAAGACUUCUGAACCUCAAGAGAAAGAAGCAGUUGUUACUAAUGAGCAGACUGAAGACAACAGUGGAUCUGACACUGAACCAGUUUCUUUAGAAAAGAGUGAGCUUGAUUGUACUGUGCCAAAACUUAGGCGCUCUGACAGUGUUAUUGUGAGCGAAGAGAUGCUUCGAAACUGUUCCGAGUCAUCAGAUUCCAGUAUGAACCAAAGCGAUGAUGACUACAUUCCUAAGUCAUCAGAAGAGAAUAGUCCAGACUGCAGUAGUGACAGCUUAUCAGCACACAUGAGUGACAAAAUAGAUAAAGAUGAGAAAUCCUCUGCGUCAUGUUCCACAUAUGAUAGACCUGUACCUGAUUCCACUGUUUCAGACUCUGAAAGCAAAGAAUAUGAUCCAGUAUCUGUAAAGGCAGUUUCUGUAAAAACUGGUGGAGGAAGAGUAUAUGACAAAAAACAGUUUUGCCUUUUCUGUGGUAAGUCCUAUGCAAAAAUUGCCAGGCAUAUUGAACAAAUUCAUCACAAUGAGACUGAAGUUGCUAAAGCUCUCCAGUUUCCAAGAAAAUCAAAAGAAAGAAGACUUCAAAUAGAUCUUCUUCGAAACAGAGGCAAUUUUGCUCACAAUGUGGAAGUUUUAAAAAUGGGGAAAGGUAUGCUCAUACCUCGAAGACAACCUAGAAAUUGUUUGCCAUCUAAAGAUUUUGCACAUUGUUUAAAUUGUCAGGGUUUUUUUUUAAGACACAAUCUUUGGCGACACAUGAAACAUUGCAAGCUUAGAAAACGUGAUCAACCAAAACCUGGAAAAAAUAGGGUCCAGUCUUUGUGUGCAUUUGCUGAACCUGUGCCUCCUGGUGUUGACAGUGGCCUUUGGAAGCUAAUGAGUGAAAUGAUAAAAGACGACAUUUCACUUAUAGUCAAGAAGGAUCCUUGCAUUUUACAAAUAGCACGACAUCUCUUUAACAGGCUCGGUUCAGACAUAUCUAAACAUGAAUACAUUCGUCAGAAGAUUAGAGAGCUUGGUCGUUUGUUGUUAUGUGCAAGACGAAUAACACCAUUGCAAAAUAUGAAAGACUUCAUAAUUCCAUCUAGCUUUCCACAUGUAGUAACAGCAGUGAAAUGUGUUGCUGGGUACGACCAGGAGAGUGGCACAAUGAAAACUCCUUCAUUAGCACUGAAGCUUGGCCACAGCCUUCAGAAAAUAUCAAAUAUAGUGGAAGCCCAGGCAAUGGUAGAAGAAAAUGAAAUGAUGGUAAAAAAUGCUCAAAGCUUCCGAAAAAUUUAUGAAACCCAGUGGAAUGAGCUAAUUUCGUCUGUAGCCCUAAGAUGUUUGAGAGAGUCAAAGUGGAAUGCACCUCAGCUUUUGCCUUUUACCGAAGAUGUGAAAAAAAUGCAUGUGUAUCUUGAUGACAAACAGGAAGAAAAUUACAAAAAUCUUCUAGCUGAGGCCUCUGCAAGAAACUGGGCAAGCCUUGCAAAAGUCACUUUAACACAAAUUAUUUUGUUUAAUCGCAAAAGAGAAGGAGAAGUUUCCAGAAUGCUUCUAAAUACCUUUUUGUUAAGAGAUGUAUCAGAUUUGCAUGGAGAUGUUGCUCUUGCUCUUUCGGAACUAGAGCAAAAGCUUUGCCAUCACUUUAUCAGAAUUGAAAUUAAAGGCAAGCGUGGAAGGAAGGUUCCUAUACUGCUGUCACCAGCUAUGCACAGAGCAAUGAAGUUGCUUGCAGAAAAAAGAGAUGUUUGUGGUGUGCCAUGUGACAACAACUAUAUGUUUGCAAGACCUUCGGCUCUAUCUCAUUUUCGUGGAUCUGAUUGUAUUCGGCUUUUUGCCAAAGAAUGUGGAGCAAAAAGUCCUAAAACGCUUUCAUCGACCAAACUCCGAAAACAUGUGGCAACUCUGUCAAAAGUUCUUAACUUGAACGAUACAGAAUUGGAUCAGCUGGCUGAUUUCCUUGGGCAUGACAUUAGAGUGCAUAGGCAAUACUAUCGCCUCCCAGAAGGCACUUUGCAGUUGGCUAAGAUCAGCAAAAUUCUCUUAGCUCUGGAAACUGGGCGCCUUGGAGAGUUUAAAGGAAAAAAUCUGGAUGAUAUCACCAUUGAUCCAACUGAAAAAGUAGUGAUUGAAAAUGAAACAUCAGAAAGUGAGGAAGAAUUAAGUGAUCAUGAAGGUGAAGCAGAAAUGCAAGUUAAGCAGAUGAAACGAGCUCAGGGCCAAGUACAGGAAACAAAAGUUAACAGUGUUUGCCAAGGUCAUAAACAAGUGAAGAGGAGAAUGUGGAGUGAAGAAGAAAUAAGAGCAGUGGAAAAACAUUUGGCCAAAUUAUAA